AAAGGAAGUUGUUAUAAAUUAAAUGGAACGUCAAGAAAACCAACAAAAUGAUAAAGGACCUUAUUUUAAAACGCCUUUCAGAAAUAGAAACAUAUCUAAAGUGCUAAACCAAAACCGUCUACGUAAAUGGGAUCCACAAAAUCUUGUUAAUUUACAAAUGGCUUUAGACAGUGUGUUAGAUUAUUUCCAAAAACAUGGAGAGGACAUGCCAAAGUAUAACACUGAAUUUUCAAACGAUAUUGUUUAUUUUACAAAUGCAGAGGACAAUUUUCUUAUUCGAUAUUUACAUGAUAAGAGCGCAUCGCUAGAUAAAUUAGAAACAGAACACAUAUUUCGUGAAAUGCUCGAAAGUUUUCCAUCCAAAAGGACCGAACAAGAGCUGAAAUGUAGAGCUGUUCAAUUAUGCCAGCAUAAAUAUGAAAUUAAUCAGUGGCACGCAAUCACGAAUAGGUAUGAAGAUACUUAUAUUCCAGAAGAUGUACCUGAAUUCGCCGAAUUCCAGAGAAUACUGAAUCGGCUGCGUUAUUAUAUUUUACCUAUUAAUGAUCCAAGUCAUCCAGCUUCACCAACACUUACUCAAUAAUCACUAAAAAAAAACUACUCCUUUAAUGCAUUGACGUAAGAAAAAACUGAUGAGAAAAAACAUUUUAUGGAAAUGCUUUGUGUUUCGUAAUUAUUUAAUACUGCAUGUUAAU